GCGAGGAUCUUCCUGUGGCGGCUUGGAGACACUUUGAUAGAGGACUGUCCGUGUUUACAGAAGCAUCGGGCGGCAGAGGGGCAAGCCAUGCCACACUGAUACUGGAGUAACAGAGCUGACAGUGGAAGUAUGUGUUAAGGGCUGUCUGUUGAAUUCUGAACUACCUGGAGCCCACUGAUAUUCUGCUUUGGCUGUUUGAGGAAGUUGUUCUAGCAAUGGGGAGGAAGAAGAUCCAGAUCACCCGGAUCGUAGAUGAGAGGAACCGCCAGGUGACUUUCAUGAAGAGGAAGUUUGGUCUGAUGAAGAAGGCCUAUGAGCUGAGUGUUCUGUGUGACUGUGAAAUCGCCCUCAUCAUCUUCAACAGCUCCAACAAGUUGUUCCAGUACGCCAGCACAGACAUGGACAAAGUCCUACUGAAAUACACAGAGUACAACGAACCCCACGAGAGCAGAACCAACUCUGACAUUGUAGAGGCCCUGAACAAGAAGGAGCACAGAGGCUGCGACAGCCCUGAUGGUAAUGCCUCCUACGUCCUCACCCCCAACACCGAGGAGAAAUACAAGAAGAUUAAUGAAGAGUUUGACAACAUGAUGAAGAGUCAUAAAAUUUCCACAGGCCUUCCACAGCAGAACUUCAUGCAUUUAGCACCAGGCAGUGUGUCGUACAGCUCCGGAGGAGGAGGAGGAGGAGGGGGAGCCACCUCCCAAGCUCUAGCUGCAGCCACAGCAGCUCUGGCUGACAGUGGGAUCCUCUCCUCACCUCACACACACCUCCACAGAAACAUUAACUCUCCACAAAGACCUCCCAGCACUGGAAACACAGGUGGUCUGCAGGGCAGUUCUGAUCUGGCUUUGCAGAACGGGUCUGGACCAGUUGUGAAUGGUUUCGUGGGCUCACCUGGUGGAAGCAGCUUGGGGAAGAUCAUACCAGCCAAAUCUCCUCCUCUUCCACCUCCUGGGAACAGCCUGGUCGCUACCAGCCGCAAGACAGAGCUCCGAGUGGUCAUCCCUCAGUCCAAAGGAAUGAUGCAAACACUGAGUAACCAGAGGCUGAGUGGCAGUCAGUCCAGCCAGCCUCUGUCCACCCCAAUGGUCUCCAUCACCACACCCAGUCUGCCUCACCAGAGUAUGGCCUACUCCAGCAUCAACUCUGCUUACAAUAACGAUUACUCGCUGAGCAGUGCAGAGCUGUCAGGCUUCAGCGCCCCUGCAGGUCCUUCUUUGGGCUCCAUGGCGGCAUGGCAGCAACACCAGCUGGGCUCACUGGGGUCAGGCAGCUCCAACCUCUCCAUCAACACCAGCCACAUCAAAGCCGAGCCGAUCUCCCCACCCCGCGACCACGUCAGCCAAUCAGGGUACAUGACCCAGGCUCAUGCCCCUCCUCAUCAUCACUCCUCCACCUGCUCAUCCACCAGAGCAGAGAUGGGGAGGUCUCCUGCAGACAGCGUCAGCUCCUCCUGCAGCUCCCACGAGGGCGCCAGCGACCGGGAGGAGCAGCAACGGCUGGACUUCCACUCUCUCCCUGUGAGUCGGUCAGAGAGUCCGACGGUCAAACGAAUGCGAAUGGACAGCUGGGUGACAUAAACCCCGCAGUCACAUGAUGACACAACACCAGGGCAAACGCAGGAAGGACACUGUUAUGCAAUGUGGAUUUUAUUGAUGUGUUAUUUUUCAUUAAACUAUCUGUUGGUAUGUCUUUUUUUUUUUUUUUUUGGUGGUCACGUGUUUGAAAAGGGUUGAGCGAAAUUAGCCUGAAAAUUCUGGAUACGUCAGAAUCAUCUCAUCACCUUUCAGGAAAUCUUCAUUUGUACUUCACACACAACCAUCCAUCCUUUAUAAAAUGGAAAUCACUGAAGCAUCACAGACUGAUAAUGUGGGUCCAAUUGCAGUACAAUCUGUCAUUGUCUUAUCCAGUGGGAUGCAGUACAGUACGCAGAAGAAUCAAAAAGGCGAGAUGUGGUCAGUCAGUCUCGUGGCUUCAUGAUGUGGGUAGUAAAGAAGUGCUUCUGGAUGUCUCCCACUGGGUGUCACCCAAUUCAUUUCUGAUCUUCUCAGGGUUGAAACGUUGAGCAAGUCCAACAUGAAAGCAAUAGUCCCUCCACAUCAUCCCUGUUCUUCUCUUUAUAAAAACACUUAUUUAUAUUAGCCAAAGCAGUAUGCUGUUUGUGUGUGUGUUUUUAUAUUGUGCACAGAAUAAGACAAUAUUUCAUUCAGAGUUCAAACUGAAAGCCAUGGACACUUGCUCUUUAUGUACUACCAAAAUAUGUCAUUAUUGUUUUGUAUAUACUAUCUUUAAUAUAUAUCACUUUUGGUGUAACUAUAUAUUGUUAAUCUGUGUGUUGUAUCUGCAUGACACCACCACCUUGUUUUACAAAAGUAGGCUAUAUUUUUGUGGAUGACAGCCAUAACUGCAAGGCAUUGUCCUUUCCAUUCUCAUCAAGCGUCUGCUGGAUAAAUCUUUUUUGUGAAGGACAACAUGUUGCACUAUCUUGAAACCAGGUAUACAAAAAUAUACUGGGAGGUAAUGCACUCUGGAAAACAUAUUUUAAUGAACAAAUUUAGCUCUUCAGAAAUUGAGACAAACAUGGCACUAGAUAAGACGGAGAGAUAAAUCCGGCCAGACUGAUAAGGUGAGGUGAGGAUACAUCAGCUCAUAUGGGACAAGAUGAAAUCUGCUUUUUUGAUCACAAAGAGAAAUGCAUUUCUUAACUAACCACAGAUAAAGGCUAACUGAAAUAUGUAAAUGCACACAGUACUGCUGCUUUUGUCAUACAGAUUCAUGUACAACCCUGAAUCCAAAAAAG